AAGUGAGCGCACAGAAACCCUUUAAAAAAGAUCUCAUUGCUUCCGCAAACAACACGAACCCACAAUGGCGAGGACAUCGCAGACCAAGGCAACAGCAGCUGCUGCUGCUGCUUCCACUGCAACGAAGCGCAGGAGAGGCAGCCAUACGACGACGCCACAGCAGAAGAAACAGAAGCAGAAGCAGAAGCAGGAGGAGGAGGAGGAGGAAGUGAAGGGAGAGAGCGAGGAGGAGGGAGUGGAGGCAAAGACCGACUCCGCCGAGCAUGCUGAUUCCCAGCCCCAGCAGAACGGAGCAGCAGCGGCUGCAGGGCCCAAAGCAGCAGCAGAGAAGGAGGACGAGCAGGCGGAGCGAGACCAGGCCGCUCGCGAAAACGGGGAUGCUGAGCCCGGCGACGAGAAGAAGGGGAAGGAGGAGGAGGAGACGCAAAAGGGCAAGAAUAAGACGAAGAAGACCAAUGCCACGACAAACACCAAGAAGAGGACCACAGCAGCAGCAGCGACAGCAAAUGAAGACCAAAGCGAGGAGCAUGAACAACAACCGCAACCACCCCCCAGCAAGAAACCCAAGAAGAACAGGGACCAGCAUUCCGCCACCACCGGAACCCGGCAGUCCUCGCGCAUCACCAACGCCUCGGGCACGCGAGGGAAGCCUACCAAGGAACAACUCCUGAGGUACCUUGUCAGCCCGGACGCCGAACACCUGUGCCGGCCCGAUGACGAGGCAGAAGCCCUCGCAUCAUCAUCUCCCUCCUCCUUCUCCUCAUCUGGGAAUCCUUCCAAGCAGCAGCAACAGGAUAUCAAAAAGACCUACGGCGGCCCGACCCCGCUCACGCCGUUCGAGGAGCUCAUCUCGGCCAUGAUCCUCUCGCGGCCGAUCAGCCACCGCCUGGGGUUGAGGACCAUCCGCACGGUGCUGAACCCGCCGUACGGGUUCGCCUCUGCGCGCGCGGUGCGGGACGCGGGCGAGGAGAAGCGGCGCCAGGCGCUGUGGGACGCGCGGACGCAGCACAAGGACAAGACGGCCGCGCAGCUGGGCGGGGCGGCGGAGGUGGUGCUGGAGAAGUACUGCGGUGGUGGUGCAGGAGGAGAUGCGAAGACAGCGGGCGAAGGGAAAGGGAAAGGCGGUGGCCGGAGGAGUAGUGCUGGGGCCAAGGGCGCCGGUAGUAGUGGUGGUGGUGGUGGAGGUGAUGGUGAUGCAGACGGGGAGACGCUCGCCGGGCUGGUGGCGCAGAGCGAGCAGGACAUUGACGAGGUGCUGGACACGCUGCAGAAGGACAUCAAGGGCUUUGGCAAGACGACGGGGGCGAUAUUCCGCAGGCGCAUCCAGUGGCUGUGGGAUUUUGCGUAUCCGUUUGUGGACGAGCGGACGGCCGACGGGCUCAAGGAGCUCGGCCUGCCGAUCCGCGCAGAGGCCCUGGUCGAGCUCCUGGGCGAGCACUGGGACAAUGUGAAAGGAGCGGAUCUCGCGGGGGAUGACGAGGAGACGAGGAAGCGCCGGGCCUUUACAAUCAUUUUGGAGCGGGCAACGAAUGCAAGGCUCGAGGGCAAAGUCGGGGAUGUGCUGCAUGCUGCGGCUCAGGUGUAAUGUGAAUCAUCCCCUGGUGUUUCUUUCUGCGGUUUGGCUUUCGAGUCUGAUAGUUCUAAUUUGAC